CUUCUUAACCAGGACUCGGGACUCUUACCUGUUCUCUCACAGCCGUCUCUGCACCAACCAUGGCCACCUUCGUGGAGCUCAGUACCAAAGCCAAGAUGCCCAUCAUCGGCCUGGGCACCUGGGGGUCUCACCCAGGCAAAGUCAAAGAAGCUGUGAAGGUGGCCAUUGAUGCAGGGUAUCGCCACAUCGACUGUGCUCACAUCUAUCAGAAUGAGGGUGAGGUGGGGGAAGCCAUCCAAGAGAAGAUCCAAGAGAAGGCUGUGAGGAGAGAGGACCUAUUCAUCGUCAGCAAGUUGUGGCCCACCUUCUUUGAGAGAUCCCUAGUGAAGGAAGCCUGUCAGAGGACCCUCAAGGAUCUGCAGCUGAGCUACCUGGACCUCUAUCUGAUUCACUGGCCACAGGGAUUACAGCCUGGGAAGGACUUUUUCCCCAAAGAUGACAAAGACAAUAUCCUUGGCAGUAAAACAACAUUCUUGGAUGCCUGGGAGGCCCUGGAGGAGCUGGUGGACGAGGGGCUGGUGAAAGCCCUUGGCAUCUCCAAUUUCAACCACUUCCAGAUCGAAAGGCUCUUGAACAAACCUGGACUGAGAUAUAAACCAGUGAAUAACCAGGUCGAGUGUCACCCAUACUUUACGCAGGAGAAACUGAUCCAGUACUGUCACUCCAAGGGCAUCACUGUCACAGCCUACAGCCCCCUUGGAUCUCCAGAUAAACCUCGGGCCAACCCAGGUUUCUCUUUUCCACUGGACGAUCCCAAGAUUAAGGCAAUUGCUGCAAAGCACAAGAAAACCACAGCUCAGGUUGCGAUCCGGUUCCAUAUCCAGAGGAAUGUGGUUGUGAUCCCCAAGUCUGUGACACCAACACGCAUUAUUGAGAAUUUUCAGGUCUUUGACUUUAAAUUGAAUGAGGAGGAGAUGACGACCUUACUGAGUUGUAACAGAAACUGGAGGGCCUUCUCCCUGGACCUAUUUUCUCAUUUGGAGGAUUUUCCCUUCAGUGCAGAAUACUGAAGCAGAGUCUCCUGAUGCGAUUACCCAUGGGUUCUCUCUCUUCACGGAUGUACAACUCUCUCCAGCCGGGUCUUCUUUUAGCCAAGCUUGUCUGAAAUCACAGGGAUCCUGGCCCUGUUGUAGGCCGGAAUCCAGGCAGUGUUGUAUCUAGAUGCACAUGUUCAACUAGGAGAAGAUUAUCACAGAAAAGCAUGGCUCAGACAAGGAUAUGAUAAUUGGUUUUCACUUAUUUGAUCUGAACAAAUGAUUGUCAAACACCAGAAACUGUGAUUACAAUGAGGAUGCAAGGAAUAAAAUGAAUAAAACAU